AUCAGCAAAUCGUAAAUUAUUCAAUCUUCAUGGACAAGUUAAUGACUUUGUUUACUUCACAGAUAAUCCGUUUUCAGAAGAUGGCAGGAAAAUUUACUUUGUGUCAGAUGUUCCCCAUUUAAUUAAGACUACUCGUAACUGCUUCAGCAACUCAUUUUCACACCUGAACACUCGCAAAUUGUGGAAUAAUGGAAAAGACGUGUCCUGGAUUCAUUUGUUGACCUUGUUUGAGCAACAUUGUGAGAUGUCACUUUACACUCCAUGUCCAAAACUGACAAGAAGCCACCUUGACCUAACACCAUUUGGACGCAUGAAAGUGAAUUUAGCUGCACAGGUGCUGAGUUCUACUGUGGCAAAUGCUUUAGAGAUGAUGUACGGUGAUAAUGUUAGUGAAACAGUUAAUUUUCUCCGGAUAAUUGACAAAUUUUUUGACUGUCUAAAUGUCAGAAACCUCUAUGAGGGACGAAAUAAGCGGAAUCCGAAUUUGAAUCCAUACACCAAUAUAAAUGACGAAAGGCUUCAGUGGCUUACUGGUGACUUUUUAAGUUAUUUUGAUUUGUGGGAGCAAUCUGUUAUGCAGAGACCAGGUGAAUUUACAAACAAGCAGAGGAAAGGUAUGCUUUUAAGUAGACAAACAUUAACUGGUUUGAAGAUAAGUGUGCUUUCCAUUGUGGCAUGUGUCAAAUUUCUUCUUGAGAUUGGAGCUUAGUUUGUUUUAACCCACAACUUCAACCAAGACCCACUCGAACAACAUUUUGGGCAUUAUAGACAUAGAGCUGGUGACAACUCAAAUCCAACUGUGUAUGAUGUACGACACAUGAUGACAACAAUGCGAGCCGUAGGAGCCCAGGCCUUGGCACCACGACACUCUAACAUUAACAACAAGGAAAACAGAAAUAUGGUCAUUGAC